CUUUCCUUUUUUCAUUUGGUCCCCUGCCAUUCCCUGCUCAAAUGGAUCAAAAUGGCUUUAGUCAGGACUUGCAAGGAACAUUAGGUGAACCCCAGUCUCCCACUUUACCACCAUCCGAUCCCGAUGCCUACAACUUUACGCCUCACACGAGCUAUGAUUCCCAGAAUGAUGGUGUCAAUAACUAUUCUGGAAAGAUUCGCCAGACAGGAGACAAUAUGCCAGGUUCUCAAAGAGUAUUCUCCAGUUCUCCAACCAACUACAAUAGACAGCCCCAUUCGUCUUCCAUAUCUCGGCCAACUACACCUCCACAUCACAGACCCAAAAAAUCAUCUGUGCCAGCUGAAAAUGCUGAUAUUAUAGCUACUCCAAAUGUCCCAUCUGCCCCAGCACCAGGCAUGUAUUGGUCUAGAGCGACAACCUAUGGACGUGGACCGUCCAAAUGUCUAAGAGCGCAUACAGCCACCAUCAUUGGAGAAUUAAUGUAUAUAUUCGGUGGUUGCGAUGUUCGCAACUGCUUUUCUACUCUUUUCAUCUUAGACUUAGAUACGCUUUCAUGGUCGAAGCCCCGGACAUAUGGUGACUGCCCUCCACCUUGCCGAGCUCAUUCAAGCACCUUGGUUGAAAGGGAGAUGGAUAUACCCGGAAAGAAGUCCUCGUGGAUAUAUGUUUUCGGUGGCGGCGAUGGGCCCAACUAUUCAAACGCGUUAUACGUACUUGAUGCAGAAACUUUAAUCUGGACGAAACCUUCGACGUACGGAACUGCCCCUACCCCAAGACGUGCUCAUACAACUUGCUAUUGGCAAAACAAAAUUUAUGUUUUUGGUGGUGGAGAUGGAGCACGCGCCUUACACGAUGUCCAUGUCCUCGACAUAUCAGACCCGAAACAUCUGCAAUGGUCAGAAAUUCAACCAACUGGAGCCUUACCAGGUUCUCGUGGAUAUCACACUGGUAAUCUGGUUGGCGAUAAAUAUAUAAUCUACGGAGGAAGUGAUGGCCACGAGUGUUUCAGCGAUGUUCAUAUCUUAGACUUGCCCAGCAAUCACUGGUACCAAGUUGAACUCGACUGUUCCAUACCACGCCUUUCACAUACAUCCACACAAGUGGGUUCUUAUCUAUUUGUCGUAGGAGGACAUGACGGUAGUAAAUACUCUUCGGAAGUUUUACUUCUGAAUCUAGUGACUAUGAACUGGGAGACGCGAAAAAUCUACGGCACCAUACCUUUAUCUCGCGGCUAUCAUACAGUUGUACUUUAUGACAGCCGCUUGAUUCUGUUUGGCGGAUAUGAUGGCAAAAAUGCGUUUGAUGAUGUUUACAUGCUUGAAUUGAGCGCAUGUGCAUACCUCCCUCAAAUUACGAACUUCAUAAUAGACGUGUAGAUCACCUAAUCUAGAAGUAUUUGAUAACCUUAGAUUAUAUUAAUAUUAUAUUUUAA